CUGUUUGGGAGUGCCGUGCCUGCUUUCCCUCCAAAGUUUUACCUGGCAAUGACCAAGUCGAUGGCAGAUGAGCGGCGGACUCAGCUGGAGCAGUAUCUUCAGAAUGUUACUUUGCAUUCAAAUAUUACCAAAAGUGAUGUCUUCAUAGGCUUUUUCCGAAAGCUACAGCAGGAUACAUUUAAGAUCCAAACCCAGAGAGCCUUUCUGGAUGUUUACCUCGCUGAUGGCAGCAAUGUUAGACUUGAUAUCCAGACAUCGGACACUGCAGGAAGAAUAUUAGAGGUUACAUCGUGCGAGAUGGGGCUAUCAAGAGAAUUAAUAAAAUAUUUUAGCUUAUUUUUUUUCCAAGAUCAUGAUGAUGGAGCUCUCUCUGUGGUGAAAAAAGUGGCAGACUUUGAACUUCCUUAUGUGAGUCUUCAGAGCAUGAAAGAAUUGCACCGUAAGCUUGGGAUCAGAAAGUGGUAUAUGGAUCCUUCCCUUGAUACGCUGCUGAUGGAUCGUAGAACUUCACUGAAUUUGCUGUCUAUGCAGGCAAUCCAGGAAGUUAAGAGGAAUUGGGUUAAACCAAUAGAAGGGCAGAUGCAGGAACUUAAAUUUCUACAAAAAAAUGCAAACAAAGCAAAGUUCCUGGAGCUGAUUCGAGAAAUGCAGUUCUAUGGAUAUGUACGGCUUGAUCCUUGCAUUUGUGACUAUCCAGAAGAAGGCUGCUCAGCUGACAUCUAUGUUGGCAAUAAUGAGAUUAACUGCUGCAUAAAACUGCCUAGUAAGCAAACCAAAGAGGUCAGCUUUAAAGUCAACAGGUUAAAAAGUUGGCAGGUUACUUUUCUUCUAAGUACUUCACUGACUUUUUAUCUGAAUUCACUUUCCCUUCACGAAAACUAAGGCUGUCGGGUCUGGGGGGAAGGCAGUGGUUUGCUUUAAAUCCCUCCCAUCUGCCCAUAUUCUCCUCCAAAUCUAUCCUGAAACAUAUUCCCUUGGCAGCUUUUACAGCAGUAAACCAUCUAGCCUUACUCUGCUAUGUUUUGUCCCUUCCCUGGCAUUCCAUGUCAUACUUUACCUGCCCCUUUCCUGUUGAAGGUAGAGUUGGCAGAAAGUUUUGUGUGGGAGCAAAAGAACUACUUCAGCCAGCUUUAUGCUUGUAAAGACUCCCCUGUCCUACCUCCCACUUGCUCCCUCCCCCAGGAGAAGGGUUCUGGUACAGAUCUUCAGCUGCUUUAUUUAUAAUUCUGAUUUAAGGCUGAACACCUCAACGCUGUUUUGAGCUGUUUCUUCUCUUCAUUGGUUGUUGUGCCUUUUUUUUUUUU